UAUGAAGUCCCUUUAGAUAGGGACGUUCGGGACGUAGUCGUCACUCGACUCUUCAUGUCAAAAGUCUACGGCGGCAGCCCUCAGGAGACAUUCCCCCGAGUGGCCCAAAAUUUUCUGCGCGUGCACCAUAUGGAUGAUUUUAUGUAUUUGAAUCUUGACAUGAACCCUCACGCUCCCCAAGUGCCCGGAGCACCAGGGCUGUUUUUUGAUGCAGACGAAUCCAUCGACCAAUUUUCCAAAAUUAGACGAGUCUUUUCUCGAAUUGGCAGCUCGCAGUGGGAAUACAUGGGGCAGUACGAGAUCAAGCCCGUUGCCUCGCUGACGAUGGAAGAAUGGAAUGAACAACGCAGUACCGUUCGUUUAGUUUGGGCAUCUAAGCUCUCGACCACAGGAUGGGGUGUUCCCUGCAGGGGUGUUAUGCAUCUAUAUGAACAACUCGGUCGGAAGCCGACCAAGAGAGAAGUCAAAGAGGCCCUCCAAAGUGGAAAUCAAUUCAAGAAUGUUAGCAGGGAGCAGAUAGCCGAAGGGUUUCUUAAAGGCUGGGUGACUAUGGCCGUAUGGACAAUGAAGUGCGUUGGUUAUGAUGUCGAUUUUCAACGUGAGCUUGUCACCGAAUAUGUGAAUUGGACUCCUCCCGACGAGCCCAAGCGCCUGGCAACGCCGCAAAGGGGGAGAAAGCGGAAGCGCGAGGAGCAUCGGGCUCUUGAUGAGGAUGAUCUUAUUUAUCAUCCUAGAGGGACAAAGACACGUCCUAUCUAG